AUGGAACGCCGCAGGAAAACCUCGACAUCUCUGCCCCAGCUCAGUUGCGAGCUGUGUCGCAGGCGCAAGGUCAAGUGCGACAAGCGCAAUCCAUGCACCAACUGUGCGUCCGCUGGGGUCGCCUGUAUUCCCACUUACCGAAUGCGACUUCCCCGAGGGCGACAUGCCAAUCCUCCUCGUCGGCUCCAGUCAUCACCUCCUCCCUCCACCACAGAGUCCGAGCUGAUACACCCCCCUGAGUGGACGACACAGCCUGAUGUUUCCGUCAACAAGGAUCUCCAGGAUCGCAUUCACCGACUGGAAGAGCUUAUCCGUCGCAUGAAGCCAAGCGAUAAAGAGCUGGAAAGAGCAUCUGCUGGUUCGCGAGAGCAGGCAAGCGAGAAACUUCACCUUUAA